AGUGCAGGACAGCGCGUCUCAUGGCUCCUAAAAGCAUAAAGACGGAAAUCUGCCAUAUUCUCACUGAACUGAGGGGCAAAGAUUUCGAAAAGUUCUGUUUUCAUUUGACUGACAGCUCAGAGGAGCCGCGCAUCAGAGCAGGAGAAGUGGAGGGCAAGUCCCGCGAGGACAUCACGACGCUCCUGGUGUCCCGGUGCACAGGGGCCGGAGCUCUGCACAGGACCAUCACUACUCUGAGACACAUCGGCUGCAACGAGGAGGCGCAGGAACUGGCUAAAGCAACAAGAGACCUGCCACCUGCUGCACGGACAAGGCGACAGUCAAUGUCGCCUCCUGUGACGUUUUCUCCAGGUACCGUAACGUCACCUGUCGAAGACCUACAGCAGGAGAUUCAGACCACAGCACUGAAAAAACAAACUGUCACCAGCUUUGGCCCUGGAGCGUCUGCUGCACCAGACACACACAGAGCUGCAGCUGAAGAAAGAAGAAGUGCGUCUCAUUUGAAUGAAACCCCCUCUGUGGGUGAGCCUGGCCCGUCUACUGUCCAGACCAAUGGCUCAGUGCAAACUCCCCAAGUGAAGAAAAAGAGACCCAAAGCUGAGAGGAAGCUGUCUCAACAAAAGCUGCUGUUUGGUCAAUACAAAGGCAACAGCUUUGAGUGGCUGCUGCAGAACCAUGUGAGCUACGCUGGAUAUGUGGUGGCCACUCACCGGAAAGAGAGAGAUGAUGGAAGUACAGCUCAGAGUGAACUGAUGAAGAACAAGGAUGAUCUGGCGGAGUAUGUGAGCCUUUUCCCAGAGGCAGAGGAGGAGGUUCACUUUUUAUAACCAAGGAGAAGCUCCUCUGGGAUUUGGAAAAUAUAAAAACUCACUCAUAAAAAAACUGUAUAAUGAUGUCGGCGAUCAUAAGAAGAAAUAUGUGAAGUGGCUCCGUUCACAGAAGAAUAAUAGUGACCCAAAAACUGCCGCAGCUGCAAAAUACGUCUUACACCGCGACUGGAGGAAACAACAGCCAGGCAUCAGCAAACCUGCCACAAAGAAACAGAAGCUCUGAUUCCAACAAGUCCUUCAAACUUAAACAACUGGACUGGAUAAUCCAGAAAUGAGUUGACCCUAGCGAAUACAAAACGGUACCCAUCAAAAAACACCAACUAAACCACGCCCAGCAAGACAGCCUGGUCCAAAAGCACCCAGUCCAAAAGCACCCCAGCCAAAUAGCCCUCAGC